CGAACGUUUCUACUUCCGGUUCACUUGACACAACGUCCGUGUACCCUCGCCACACUACUUGCAGUUCUUUCGUGUUCUCUUAACCAAACGAGCUCCUCCAAAGUAUUUUAAUCGGUGUACCACAGACGUGAAUGAAGAAGAUAUAUACUCUAGAAUGUGCGAUCACACCCACGUUAAACAGGAGGAGGAGUCGGUGAUGCCGUACAUCAAACAGGAGGCGGAGCCAGAGACACCCUACAUUAAAGAAGAACAGGAAGAUAAAAUCUCCAAAUUUUCAAAGACUGUCAGUGUAAAGAGUGAAGAAGACGAAGGUGCAAGCGAAGAGACCGGAGCAGUGAAACAUUCGAGCGGCAGCUCAUUUCAACACCUGACAACAAAAGGAGAGGGACGAUCGCAACCGGAUGGCCUAUUAGCACCGCUUUCGGGCAGCGACGACUUAACAUCACAUUCUUCUGACUUUAACACAGAUGAGGAGGAGGAUGCCUUUGACCAAAAUGCUUUGAAAUCGACCAACAAGUCAUCAUUGAAGAAAGACAGUCAAAAAGGCGCAGCAAGGAAAGCAUUUCCCUGUUUACUUUGUGACAAAAGUUGUUCUCAGAAGACUAAUUUAGAACAGCAUAUGCUUACACACACCGUAGAAAAGCCUUUUGUCUGCACAUAUUGUGGUAGAGGAUUCAGCUUGAAGACAAAUUUAAAGAGACACGUGCAAAGACACACUGGAGAGAAGCCUUUCCCCUGCUCAGUUUGUGGUAAAAGAUUCACAGAUAAGGGAACUUUAAACAGACACGCAAAAUACCACACUGGAGAGAAGCCUUUUGUCUGCACAUUUUGUUGCAAAAGAUUCACCGAAAAGAGAAAUUUAACCCAACACACAAGAACUCACACUGCAACUCGCACUGGAGGGAAGCCUUUCCCCUGCUCAGUUUGUGGUAAAAGAUUCAAAGAGAAGGGAACUUUAAACAGACACCAAAGAACGCACACUGGAGAGAAGCCUUUCCCCUGCUCAGUUUGUGGUAAAAGAUUCACAGCUAAGGGAACUUUAAAGGGACACACAAGAACUCACACUGGAGAGAAGCCUUUUGCCUGCUCAGUUUGUCAUGAAAGAUUUGCAGAGAAGAGAACUUUAAGCAGACACGCAAGAAUGCACACUGGAGAGAAAGCGUUUGCCUGCUCACUUUGUCAUCAAAGAUUCACUCAGAAGAGCCAUUUGGUGUCGCACGCAACAAGCCACACUGGGUAAUGAAUAAUUUCAUGAUAUGUCGACUGACAAUUUGAUGUAGAGUGCGGCGUAUGGUCUGAGCACUAACAGGCUGACACCUCACCUUUUCAAUCUCUGCACCAAUGCUGACAGCACUCCUGUAACAAGUCACUCGACAUUUGGGAGGGAAAAUGAAAAGCAGUACACAAUUUGGACAUUGAGGGAUGUACGUUUUUUCAAUGGGGUGUACUCACUUUUGUUGCCAGGGGUUCUGAUAAUAAUGGCUAUAUUUUGAGUUAUUUUGAGGGAAAAAUCAACUCUAUUAUAUAAGCUGCACACAGACUAGUUUUCUUUGUCUCAAAGUGUCAUUUCGUCAAUGUUGUCCCAUGAAAAAUUAUACUUAAAUAUCUGCAGAUAUGCGAGUGGUGUACUCACUGUUGUGAUACACUGUAGAACACAAUAUGAUUUUAAGCAAAAUUCUUUACAGCACUGAGGUUGAGAAAUGCUUUUCUGAAAUGUGAUACAUUUCUCAAUAUAGUUAAUGUGCACUUUGGACUUAUUUUUGUUCAUUUACCUAUAUUAUGCUACUUAGUUAUUUCCCUAUAAUAGAGAAGCCAAUGUUUGCGUUAUCUUCAAAAUAUAUUCCA